UCAAAUUCCAACAAUGGCGAUCAACGAACCAGAGUUUGCCACGGCCGUGGCGGUGGCAACAAAGAAGAGAACGUUCAAGAAAUUCUCAUUCAGAGGGUUCAACGUUGAUGCUCUGCUCAAAAUGUCAAACGUUGAUCUCGCUAAGCUCUUCAACGCUCGUGUUCGCAGAAGAUUCUACAGAGGAUUAAAGAAGCAACCUCUGAUUCUGAUCAAGAAGCUACGAAGGGCGAAGAAAGAAGCAAGCGAUGAGAACAAGAUGAAGCCUGAAGUGGUGAAAACACAUCUAAGGAACAUGAUCAUUGUCCCUGAGAUGAUUGGAAGUGUUGUCGGAGUGCACAAUGGAAAGAAGUUUAAUGAAAUCGUGAUUAAACCUGAGAUGAUUGGUCAUUAUCUUGCGGAGUUUUCGAUGACUUGCAAGAAGGUUAAUCACCAUAGACCACGUAUUUGUGGUUGUUGUUGUUUCCGUCGGUCCACCAGGUUUAUUCCUCUCAGGUGA